UGUCUCUGUAUUUUUGCUUAUGACAUACAUAGGGCUCUACUCUGACGUUUCAUAAUUCUUUCCCCUUUAUCACUCACUACCUAGUUCUAUUGAUUCCAGUGGUUUUAGGGACCUAGAAGCAAUAAGCAUCUUCCAGUCUUACACCCUUUUACAGCAUACUUAGUAUUUUUCCAUUAACCAUGGCACUUGAAUAUGACAUCAUCAUUGUUGGCGGCGGUCCUGCCGGCCUAAGUGCAGCAUCAUCUAUCGAGCGACAAGGUCACAAGACAGUAUUAUUUGAUUCGGGCAAGUAUAGGAACGCCCUAGCCAAACACAUGCACACGGUGGCAGGAUGGGACCACCAAGAUCCGGCGGCAUUUCGCGCGAAGGCGAGAGCGGACUUUGAGCGGUAUGGUUCUGUGACGGUGGAAAAUGUUGAGGUGGAGACUAUCAAACAGCGAGAGGAUGGACUCUUUGAGGCUACAGCUAGCGGCAGGACUUGGACGGGCAAAAAGGUCAUCUUGGCGACAGGUGUGGAAGAUGUCUUCCCCGCCAUUCCUGGCUACAGCGAAUGUUGGGUUUCUGGCAUAUUCCAUUGCCUAUUUUGUCACGGCUGGGAGGAGAGAGGACAACCAUCAGGAGGCGUGCUAGCUGAAGGUGGCAUGAAUGUCCCUAUGGCUCUCCAUUUUGGCCGGCAAGUUCUGCGUCUAGCAGACCAGGCGACGAUUUAUACUCAUGGAAACACUCAGCUUGCUAAGGAACUGGAAGAGGCGCUGGCGGCUGGACCAGCACCAAUGACAGUGGAACCACGUAAGAUCGUGAAGUUAGUCAAAGAGCCGGAAGGCAGCAAAGUCACGUUGCACUUUGAGGACGGCAAUAGCAGGACUGAGGCUUUCAUAGCUCACAAGCCAAAGCCGGCCCUACGCGGCAACUUGCAUAAGCAGUUAGGGCUGGAAAUAUCACCUGCGGGAACGAUCGUGGUGAACCCUCCAUUCAACCAAACGGGGACCAAGGGUGUAUUUGCUGCCGGUGAUUGCGCGUCGCCUAUGCACACCGUCACUCAGGCCCUGCACAGCGGGACAUGCGUUGGAGGUAGCGCCCCACUGCAGGUCCAGGCUGAGACAUGGCACCAGAAGUCGCUCGUGUAGAAGUUCUUGAGUACGUACCUAGUACCCAGUAGUUAUCUAGCUAGGAAAUGAUGAAGCCUUAAUGGAAAUCACAUAUGAUGUGAUUGAUUUA